AUGGCCAACUGGAAGUUUAUUUUAAUUGCAAUAAUUUUAAUGAAUAUAAGGAAUUUUCAUACGAUCAGUGGUAAAGUAACUCAUAGUAAUUUAGAUCGAUAUUACAACGAAUCCAUGGAUAUCGAAAAACGAUUGCCCGAAGAUGUAAUACCUAAAAGAUACAUAAUUGCAGUAUCACCUGAUUUCAAAAAGGAUCAAUUCCACGGGUAUAUUCGUAUUGAUAUCGAAUUACAGAAGCCUCAAGAUUACAUCGUUCUGCAUUCGAAAGAUCUAACCAUAACAUCGACGCAAUUGCAUUCGCAAAGAACGCAAACGGAAGUUCGACUGAGAUCCAUUAUUCCAGUACAGAAGCAGGAAAUGUUGAUUAUCAAACCGGAUAGAAAGAUUCCUUCAGGAGAAUAUUUUUUAAAAAUGAAUUUCACUGGAAGUUUAACAGGGAAGAUUAUUGGAUUCUACCUGAGUACUUAUAUCAACAUCAAUCAAUCCAUUAGAAAAUUAGCAGUGACUCAAUUUGAGCCAACUUAUGCUAGAACCGCGUUUCCGUGCUUCGACGAGCCAAGCUUCAAAUCUGAAUUCGUCAUUAGCAUAGUUCAUCAAAAGAAAUCAUUGUAUCGCGUAAUGUCUAACAUGCCGAUUGCGGAAGAAGGGCCGGUGGACAAUGAUAGUGACAAAAAGAUCACGUUUUUCAAACCUACACCUCCAAUGUCCACCUAUCUUGUUGCUUUCAUUAUCAGUGAUUUUGAGUGUGUGGGGACUAAUUUGAGUCUGUUGAAUGGAAGUAAAAUACCACUGUCUGUUUGUACAAGAUCUAUGUACAGGAAUAAAACAAAGUUUGCACUGGAUGUUGGGAUUCGAGCGAUGGAGUAUUACUUAAAGAUCUUGCAGGUUGAUUACCCGUUAAUGAAAUUAGAUCUGGUCGCCGUACCCGAUUUUUCCGCCGGUGCGAUGGAAAACUGGGGCCUGGUCACAUUUCGCGAAACAGAAUUACUACAGCACGAGAACACUAGCUCCUGCUUAAACACCAAAAGCGUUAGCUUAACGAUAGCCCAUGAAUUGGCGCACAUGUGGUUCGGUAAUUUGGUCACUAUGAAAUGGUGGAACCAUCUAUGGUUGAACGAAGGAUUCGCAACGUACAUGGAGUACAUGGCUGUGGAUUUUCUAUUUCCUGAAUGGAAUCUGAUGGACUGUUUUCCAAUAUACACCAAAUAUGUGUCCAUGAAACAGGACAGCAAAGUACGCGCUCAUCCCAUCGUGAAACGCGUUGAAGAUCCUGAAGAGAUCGAAGAAACGUUUGACAGAAUUUCGUAUCAAAAAGCUGCAGCAGUGAUCAGGAUGUUAGAAGACGCUAUUGGCAGUUCAAAAUUCAUCCGCGCCAUCAGAAAGUACCUUCAAAUGUAUCAAUUUCGAAAUGCAGAAUCUCGAGAACUUUUCGAGAUUCUGCAGAAUAAUACGCGAAUCGUCAUUGACAUCGCCGACUUUAUGAACCGAUGGACCAAGUUCCCAGGAUUUCCGGUAGUCAACGUCCGCCAAGAUAAAGCUGCCUUUCAGCUUUCGCGUGGACGAUUUUCAAUUAGCAGGAAAUUCCAGCCAACGAUCGACGACGGAAGCUGGACGAUUCCCCUGAAAUACGUAACGAGCCGUAGGGAUGGCGUCAAGUUGGACUGGUUCCUCGCAAAUUUCUCUUGCGUGGAGUUGUCAGUGGAAAAGCCGGUGAAUUGGAUUAAGCUGAAUCACGAUUCGAUCGGGUACUACAUUGUGAAUUACACGAGAGAUGCUUGGUACGCGUUCAGCAAUUUAUUGUCCCACGAUCAUCGAAUAUUGAGCACCAUGAAUAGAGCAGACUUGUUGCACGACGCUUUUCUUUUAGCAGAAGCCACCGAAUUGCAUUAUCAUGUGGUCAUGAACUUAACUUCUUAUCUGGCGAAGGAGACCGCUUAUCAGCCAUGGGCCGUAGCCGCCGAAUGGUUCGAGCAAAUGAACCGAUUGCUUGGUGGAACUCGUCUAAUUCAUCGCUUUCAGUCUUAUGCACGAAGUCUCAUUGAUAGAGUUUAUAGAGAAAUCGGAUGGCGCAGUCAUGCUAAAGAUACGUUCGCCGACAGAGAAUUUCGUGUACUGAUAUUGAAAGCAGCUUGCACGGUUGGUCAUGAUCAUUGCCUAGAAACGGCCGGAAGGAAGCUGAGGAACUUUCUAUGGAAGAAAAAUGCUCGACCAUUGCCAGUUGAUAUUCGGUCUAUCAUUUAUUCGUUCGGCCUUGUCACGCUGUCGGACGAGGUUGGAUCAAUAUUUGAAAACAUGUCGCGGCUACUCGGGAAAGAGACGGACGCACAGGAAAGGGAACGUCUGAUGUUUGGACUGACCGGCUUCCAGGACAAAGACAUUCUUAAUCGGUAUCUUCAAAAAGCAAUGGAUGAAGAUUUCAUUCGCAAGCAAGAUUUCCCCGAGGUGUUGAUCAAAAUCGCGCUGAAUCCUGCAGGAUUGGACAUCGCAUGGACUUUCGUACAAUUACGAUUGAAUGAUCUCGUUGUGAAAUACCAAGCGUACGAGCAUAUCUUAGGGAAGAUCAUCAGUGGUGUUGUCUCAUUGUUUAAAGAUCGUCAAAGGCUACAAGAGGCAAGACAGUUUUUUCUGAAACACUCUGAUCUCAGAAUCACGGAGACUACGAAGAGAAACGCCAUCGAGGAAAUUGAGGAUAGUAUCAGUUGGCUGGAUGCGAAUAUGCAGAGCAUCGCGGAAUGGCUAACAGCGAAUGAUUUUAAUUAA